AUGUCAGGAACAGACCAAAACAAAGAGUCAGAGCUAACCCUCAACAUGCAAUUUUAUGACUCCGAGAGAUAUCAGCCAUCUUUAGAAGAUGUGCUCACUGUUAAAAACAUCCUCUUCUCUCUACACCCAGAAUCACCGCUACCUCUAGAGCUCAUCGAUGCCAUAAUAGACUUAUCCGAAUAUUGGCCUCAUACAACAACCACAGGGUUUUUCUUUCCCGGUCAGGAAGAGGGUGACCAGAACGUCAACAUCAGUAGACGAGAAGUCACCAUCAGAGCCGGUGGCCCAUUAGAGAACAAGUUCCUUUUACGGACCCUCCCUAUCGGCUAUCUUCCCUCUCAAGGAAACAACAAUGAUUCAUCUCUUGAAAUACAUUCAGAAGAUCAAUGGAAGUUUUCUAAACAGAUACCUAAACCUUUACCAAAAGAUCGAGAAAUUCCAGAAGAUGCCACAGAGGAAGUCCUCAAUGAGUGGGCGGAGAGAUCACAAAUUCGUGGGGAACACCCUUGCAAGAAAAUCGAAUUUCAUCUCAGAAGUCACGAUCAAGGAUGGGGAGGUGUACGUACAGAUAAAGGAACAUACAGAGGAUCAUACACGUGGUUUGACGUUGGCCUAGAAAGAACAUAUGCCACGAGGAAAGAACACAUCCCUGAAAGCCCCUCUUUCCGUCUCUCCAGCUCUGAUUCCGACACCCAAGCUUCGACGAAUGGGAUCAAAUGUGGUACACAAACAAUCUUCCCCGAUGUUCAAGAUAACCCAAGCUAUGAUCGUGAAAACGACGCGAACCCGGCCACAAAAUACCCACAAAUGUUUGUACAUACGCUCAACCCUGAUAACAAGAUCCUCCAGAGAAACAAAACCGCAACAAGGGGUUUUGAGGAUCAUAAGAUAACAUGGAGAUUCAACGAUGAUAUACAUCCAGAAAGUCCCGAGGCAGACGAACUAGAAGCUCAGGGCAGAGGACGAGAAACUGCUAAUGGUGAAUUUGUUCGCAACCUGAAAAUUGGCGACGUGGUAACGCUUUGGGCGAAAGCAAGGUUUCCAGGUUGGGCUAAUACUGUGGAGGAUGUAAGUAUGGAUGUUUACUAUGCGGUUUAA